AGAGUCGCUAACUCUUACUUCAUGGAUGUGAAAUGUCCAGGUUGCUACAAAAUCACCACAGUGUUCAGUCACACUCAGAUGGUGGUUCUCUGUGUCGGCUGCUCAACUGUUCUGUACCAGCCCACUGGAGGAAAGGCCAGGUUGACAGAAGGACGCUCCUUCAGGCAAAAGCAGCUCUAAAUUAAGCAGCCGGUUGUCCAGGAUGGGUGGGGCUACGCGCACAGUCACCAGCUCAAGCGCUGAAGGCUCAAGCGUGCCGAUCAGGGGAUGCGAGCAA